AUGUUCGACGCCAUGGCGAAUUCGCGCGAUUGGACAACGGGGCGGCCGACGACCCCGAAGCAGGAGUUCGAGCGCCUGGUGCGAAUGGCGGUCAGCAAGAAGGUGGAUCUUAUUCUGCUCGGAGGAGACAUUGUCAACUUCCCGACGGCCGCCACCGUGUCGUUCGUGAGGGAGCAGAUGUCUGCCGCGGGCAUCCCGUACGUCUACACCAGCGGCAACCACGACUGGAUGCUGGAAGGGCAGCCCGAGGCGGCGUCGUAUGAUGCGGACAGGCUCCCGGAGCUCCGCUCGACGCUGUGGCCCCUCGUGGGCGGAAGCGCGGCGCUGGAAGCGGCCAGCGGAGCUUCCGGCGGCCCCUCGGCGGACGGACCACUGCUGCGCGGCUGCGUCACCGUGAAGGGCAUCGACAUCGUCGUCAUCGACAAUGGGAACUACCAGGUGGACGACGAGCAGCUGUCGUUCUUCCAGGCUUGCCUGUCGGGAGGCGGCUGCGGCCGCUGCGCCGCGAGCGAGCCCAUCAGGCCCAUGCUCCUGCUGCUGCACAUCCCGCUGGCCCUUCCAGGCCUGGACGUGGCUCCGAAGGAGUCGUGCGGGCACCCCAGCUGGGGCGAGGAGCACGACGAGAACCAUGGGGUAGAGGCGCGAGCCAGCUGGCCCGCGAGCAACCUGCCCUCGACCCCCGAGUUCCUGCGCCUCGUGCAGGCGAGCGCCUCGCCGGCGGGCCCCCUCCGGGGGGUGCUGGCGGGGCACGUCCACCGCGAGACGGCGGUGCCCCUCGCGCCCGCCGGGGGCUCGCCGCGGGCGGCGCCCGGGGCGGCGCGCGUUGAGGUGCUGUCUUGGUCAGAGCGUUCGCCGGCCGGCUCUGCCGCUGGCGACGAAGUGCCCAAGCAGUACACCACCCACCUCGCGGCGGAGGGAGGGCACCGGAGGACCAGCCCUCACCAAGACCUCUACGAGGACCACAAGAAGCGAAAGGAGGAGAUGAGGAAGCGCAUCGAGGCGAGGAAGGCCGCAGAGGUCAGCUACCGGCCCAAGAUAGGCAAGCCAGAGGACGUGAGCAGCAUCACGCAGAGGCUGUACGACGCAGCGGAGGAGCGCAGAAGGGCGCUGGCUCUGGCCACGGAGGCUGAUCCUCGAGCAGGUCGGCAGCAGGUGGCCGCGUGGCGUGUGCAGGGCUGCCGCGCCUGCGGCCAGGGUCGCGCAGGCCGCUUCGGUUCCGUGCCGUGGCCCGCGGUCGGCGAGGACAAGCAACACACGCUGGACUGCAGCAUCCUGGAGGCGGCCAGGACCCCACGCGCGGCCGCGACCUCCCUGAACCCGCACACGCCGGCUACGGGGAGCUCGUUCGUCCGGCUGUUCAACGAGGCCAAUCAGAAGGCUGAGAAGCUGCGGACCAUGCGGCAGGAGAGCGUGAAGGCCGAGUGGGCGCAGAUCCUGCAGGGCUCGGUGCACAGGAGGGCACAGACGAGCCGCAAGUGGACGGAGCAGAGCCUCCAGGACCAUGGACCGCGUGAAACAGCUCCACAGCGGCGCGAGGCGCAAGCUGAUUCGCCGGGCUCUCGGACAGACGGGCCUGCCCCGGGGAGGGCGAGGGCUGCCCGCCGUCGCCGGGGGCCCCCGGCGCGGGCGGCGGCGACGCCCCCGGCGAGGAGCAG